AUGAAAUUUUAUCUCUUCAAGUUUCACAAAACUUUCGAUGGUCUUAUUGGCCUCGAUAAUCUAAAACUUUUCGAAGCCCAAUUAAACUUUCCUAAAUCACUUCUAGUUACAAAAGAUUCUACAAUCCCUAUCAAAUAUUAUGAAACAAACAAAACACAAUUUUAUUCCAUCCAUUUGGAACCAAAUUCAAUUAGCCAAGUCAAAAUUCCAGUCAAAGAAGAAAAAGGAACCAUCAUUAUUCCAACUCAAAAAGUACAAGGCGUCGUAGUACGAGAAGCCCUUACUAACGCCGAGAACCACCUCGCCUGGACCGAAAUUGCCAACUUCACGUCAGAACCCAUUCACCUUUCUCUUAUGGAACCACUCGAAAGCCAGGAAAUAGACAUUCAAGAUUUCCAUAUAUAUUCCAUGGAAACAACCUGCGGACCAGACUACAGACAAGAUAUCGACGACUUAAUUAAAACUGAACAUCUUAACGAAGAAGAAGAGGAUCAAGUUCGUCAACUAUGCCGAAAAUUCUCCGAUAUAUUUCAUCAACCAGACACUCCUCUCAGCUUUACUAACGAAGUUAAACACUACAUCAAAACCAAGGAUGAAGAGCCUGUAUAUACGAAAUCAUACCGGUAUCCGUAUGUGCACAAAGAAGAAGUAAAGAAACAAAUCUCUUCAAUGUUAGAGCAAGGGAUCAUUCGACCAAGCCAAUCGCCAUGGUCCUCGCCCAUCUGGGUCGUGGCAAAGAAACCAGAUUUAUCCGGUAAAAUAAAGUGGAGGAUAGUGGUAGAUUAUAGAAAGGUCAACGAGAAGACAAUUGACGACCGAUACAGAAUUCCUCACAUUAGCGAUAUUUUGGACAAAUUGGGAAGAUGUCAAUAUUUUACGACCCUCGACUUAGCGAGCGGAUUUCAUCAAAUCGAGAUGGCUGAAGAAGACAUUCCCAAAACAGCAUUUAAUGUGGAAAAUGGACACUAUGAAUAUUUAAGAAUGCCAUUUGGACUUAAGAACGCUCCGUCCACGUUCCAACGUAUGAUGGACAACGUAUUGAAGGGACUUCAAGGAGAAAUAUGUCUCGUCUAUAUGGAUGACGUAAUAGUAUACUCAACAUCAUUACAGGAACACAUAGUAAAUCUCACAAAAGUAUUCCAACGAUUAAGAGAAGCCCGACUAAAAAUCCAAGUUGACAAAUGCGAAUUUUUAAAAAAGCAAGUUAAUUUUCUGGGACACGUAGUCACACAACAAGGAAUAAAACCGAAUCCAGCGAAAAUUGAAGCAAUAGAAAAAUAUCCAAUACCGAAAACAACAAAAGAAAUUAGAGGAUUCCUUGGACUCUUGGGAUAUUACAGAAAGUUUAUUCGAGACUUCGCAAAAAUCACAAAACCUCUAACAAGAUGCUUGAAAAAGGACGCAAAGAUCGAACAUACACCCGAAUUCGUAGAAUGCUUUGAAACAUGCAGGAAAUUAUUAAUGAAUGAGCCUUUAUUGCAAUAUCCAGAUUUUUCCAAACCGUUUAACCUCACAACAGAUGCCAGCAAUUUUGCUAUCGGAGCAGUACUUUCCCAAGGACCAGUUGGCAGUGAUAAACCAAUUGCCUUCGCUUCCAGGACACUAAAUGAAACUGAGACCAAAUACUCAACAAUAGAAAAGGAAAUGCUAGCAAUGGUGUGGGCAACUAAGUAUUUCCGACCCUACCUAUUUGGAAGGAAAUUUAAAAUACUUUCAGACCACCGUCCCUUGCAAUAUCUAUUUUCCCUAAAGGAACCCAACUCCAAACUAGUACGUUGGAGAUUAAAAUUAGAAGAAUUUGACUACGAGGUAAUUUACAAAAAAGGAAAAGCUAAUACCAAUGCCGACGCACUGUCUCGAAUCGAAAUUCACACAAAGGAAACUAAGGACAUCGAUUCACAAAUUAAGGAAGUCUUUGACGACUUAGUAGACAUGGAAGACGAUGGAUGGUCAACGACUAAUAAUCCAGAUGCAGAUCGAAUAAUCGACGAGAUUGUAGAAGAAAAAGCAACAGAAUUAAUCCAAAAAAACAUCCCAGAAGACACUGUUGAAAACGAAGAUCAAAACAUCCAAGAAGACACUGUUGAAAACGAAGAUCAAAACAUGGAUGAAGACGGAAAUGAAACAAUACAUACAGCAGUAGAAAACCCAAUUCUUGGUAUACCUAUUUCGGAAAAACCACUUAACUUCUACAAUAACCAAAUUAUAGUCAAAAUCGUCAACUACAAUCCACGACCUCCAGCAAUUAUACAAACCUUUCCGAAUAAAAGACGUUAUCAUAUCCAGCUAUCGAAAGAUCAGCUAAAAGCUGAUACCAUAAAAAUUUUUAAGGAACACCUCAACCCGAAAAAGAAGUAUGCAAUUUUAUUUGAAGCAGAAGAAAUUGAAACCCAGUACGAUGCAGUGACCACAGCAAUUCAAAAUGGACUUAGCCAUCCGUAUUUUAGCAGUUUACAAAAUUUUGACCAAGCUCUUAGAUACCAAUUAAAAUCAGCUCAAGAAAAAUUCUCAACAAUUUACCCCUAUAGCAGAACAAGAAGAGGGCUAAUUAAUGGACUAGGAAGCAUUAUCAAAGCAAUUUCUGGAAAUUUAGAUCAAGAUGACGCAGAAAAAUACAACAAUGCUAUAGAAACCUUACAGACGAAUCAGGAAAAUCUUAUAAAUCAUCUUAAUCGUCACAUUAGCCUGAACAAGAAGAUUAUAAAAGAGUUUAACGAAACUAUCACAUUACUAACACACAACCAAGAAAUAAUAGCAGAAGAAGUAAAUAAUAUCAGCACGAACCUCAAUACAUUUAUUUUUGACUUCAAUCAUUAUUUGCAAGCAAGGAAUGUUCUCGACCAAUUAAAUUUGACCCUUCAAAUUAUACUUCAGUUACUUAAUGACCUAGAAGAAGCCAUUACAUUUUCUCGUGUAAACACUCUCCAUAACAGUGUGAUCAAGAAAGACGAAAUAAAAUGGAUAAUCAAUAAAAUGCUAGAGCACCAUAAGGCAGACCAGCUUGUGUACAUCGAAGACGAAGACAUCCUGAAGUACUACGACAUCAUCAAAGUAGAUGCCUAUUAUUCAAACCAUACUAUUAUAUUUAUCCUUCAUUUUCCUGUCCUACAUCCUAAUUCCUUUACUUAUUAUCAUUUAUUUCCUAUACCUACCGCAAAUUCUACUACAAUCAUUCCUCCCGAGCCAUAUCUCCUCAUAAGCGAAAAAUCCUUUCAAUAUUUGGAAGAACCAUGUGCCCGAAUCGACACAAGAUAUCUUUGCCAAGAAGGAACAAUGCUGGAAGCAACGAAAACUGACGACUGUAUCAAACAAAUCCUGCAGUUGAGCACCCAAGAAGCUUCUUGCCAAUACACCCCCGUCCAAACUCGAGAUGUCAUCAUACAAAGACUAUCAGAUGCCCACUAUAUAGGAAUAUUCCCCGAAUCAACCAAAAUUACAACUCGAUGUUCUACGACAAAAAUUUUAGGCCUAAAAGGAACUUAUCUCAUCAAUCUUCCGCCCAGAUGUGAAUUCAAGACCCCAAUCCAGAGUUACAUAAAUUCAAGAACAACCAUCCCAGAGGAACCACUAAUGCUUCCCAAAAUUAGGACCAUAGAUAUUCCAACAGCGAUUAAAUUCAAACCAUUAAGAAUAGAUCACAUCCCCUUAGACAAACUGCAUGAACUCUCUAAGGAAGAGGAACAUCUAGAGACCAUUAACCCGAAAUUAUGGAACCAUAGCCAUAACCAUUUUUGGAUGACUCCUUUAUAUAUCUUAAUUACAAUAAUCUGCCUCUAUAUAUGUUACAGGUAUAAAACAAAUAACAAAAAGCCCAACUCUAGCGACGAAACUCCAGAAGAGGCCAACUCAACAGUUCUGUUCGUCCCUCACAAAACUUCUUCAGGGGAUGGAGUAGUUACAGUACAAUGA